GACCCCACAAUUUUAUCAAUGAUUACGGGAAUGAUUACAGGACAGGACCCGACUUCGGGGUGUCGGAACUUUUACUCACUUCAAUUACUGAGUAGGUUCAUUGAUAUUCAUUAUUCAUUCAUUCAUAUUCAUUCAUAUUCUUUACGGAGUAUUCAACGAACAACGACCAACAACCAUACCUACUCACAGCAACAAUAUACCCUUUUUCCCUGUUGCUCCUCUCAAAUUGAUGAUUGUUACCAUCUCCAAAACUAAUCAUACAACCAAAAAUGCCAGACCUUAACCCGACAUCAGCUACUCUUCCUCAGCAUUGGCGCAACACGCCUGAUGAAUCCUUGGACGAAGUCCCCUCUCUCCCACCUUUCUAUUCGCCUCGUCCAAUACCUGUAACUCGCACAAUAUCUGAGCUCGAUCUAAAUCAAUUCAGUAUCUCAGAUCUUUCGCUCACCCAUCCUCCUGCACGCUCUCAAUUAGAUUCUCCUGUUGAAACUUCAUCGCAGGAUUCCGAUCACAAUGGAUCAUUGCCCGACCUCGUCUCCCCCGCCUUUACACCUCCUUCAACGCCCGGUGCAUCCACACCUACGUCUUUCGCACAUCGCCCUGCCAGAUCAGUACCUGUAGACUCGACUACGCCAACUGGGGGGUGUGGAUCCAAGAAGCCCAAGUUGCUAGAGACUUUGCCGGAGGUUAAUUGUGUAGUUCGCGCACGAAUUCCUACAACCACGGGGACGGAAAUGUUUUUGCAUCUAUACCAAAACAGUGAGGAUAAUAAAGAACAUCUAGCCAUUGUAUUCGGGAACCAAAUACGAAGUUAUAGUUUGGAUGCUGUGCGAGAAGGAGAAACGGAGAUGGACAGGCUGAUACGGGGAGCAUAUACGGGAAGAUUGUUUCCGGGUCGGACUACAAGUAGCAUGCCCAAUUCGGCUACGGGCGGGGAAAGGAAAGAAGAAAAGGUGCAAGCGCCACUGGUUAGAAUUCAUUCGGAAUGUUACACAGGAGAGACUGUUUGGUCUGCGAGAUGUGAUUGUGGGGAGCAAUUGGAUGAGGCUGCAAGGUUAAUGUCCUUGCCCACUUCAUCGGGACAAGCGGCUGGCGGAAUUAUAAUUUAUUUGCGACAAGAGGGGAGAGGUAUUGGACUGGGAGAGAAAUUAAAAGCAUACAAUUUACAGGAUUUGGGAUCAGAUACAGUCGAGGCGAACCUACUUUUGAGACACCCGGCAGAUGCUAGAAGUUAUGGACUAGCUACUGCUAUGUUGAAAGACUUGGGAGUUGACGAAAUCAAACUUUUGACGAAUAAUCCGGAUAAGAUACGAGCGGUUGAAGGGCCUAACAGAGAAGUGGUGGUCAAGGAGAGAGUUGCCAUGGUUCCUCUGGCUUGGAGGGGCAAAACUGGUGGGAUCAGGAGUCAAGAAGUUGGUGGGUAUUUGAAAACUAAGGUACGUUUUACACUGAAAAGUAUGUGGGAUGGGGCCAGGCUAACAUCCUAUUUGUAGAUUGAGAAAAUGGGACAUAUGCUUCAAAUGAACGAAUCAUCAUGAUAAAUGGCCUUUGGGAAAUCAAUACCAUUUUCCGCUUGGAUGCGGAGACGAGCAAUCAUAUCUUCUAGAACGUGACGGGAGUUCUUAUAUAUCAUCUUCUGAAUAUACGGCGGCGUGAAUUGGCGUUCGUUUGUCGAGCUGGGAUACAUGGAACCGCAUCAUGCACAGAAAAGUCUCAACCUUACAUUUAUGUAUCAUAUGUGUCUAUAUUUCAUUUGAGUACGUACUGGAUAUGAAGACAUUUGAUUAAAUAAGGAAGAGUGUUAAACUUCACACUUUCAUCUAAAAACAUACAUCUUCAAUGACGCUUUGUGCUGACAUCAAGCGAAAA